AUGGACACGUUCAGAGGCAUUCUCAUAGGCUUGGUCAGAGACGUGUUCAGAGACUUGUUGAGAGACAUGAGCAGGGAUGUUAUCAGGGACCUGUUCAGAGACAUAUUCAGAGACGUCUUCAGAGACAUCUUUAGAGAUAUGUUUAGAGCGAUAUCCCGGAACGAGGAGUGGGACAUGUUCCCUGCGCCCCGACAGGCUCAUUGGCUUCGGCAAGGAAAGCUCCCCGAGACAGUUCCCGGGGACGAUCAAGAGCACAAGGAGAAGCAAUCCGAGAUAAAUGACUGCGAGGCCCUAUCCAUGGCGAAGCAGAUCCCUCGGGAUCACCUUGCAACCUCAAAAGAGUAUUAA